UAGGCAUGGAAGAGAAUGGCGGAGGAGGAGCGAUGGCGCUGAUGGAAUCCCGGCCCCGGGACCAACAGCAGAAGGAGGAGGGCGAGGAUCGCGAUGGCGAGGGUGAUUUCCUGGCGACGGACGAGGAGCAGAUCCUGGCUCGCGUCGCCGCGAAUCAUCUCUUCCUAGGUCAGUUUGAGGCGUUCCGGGCAGCGAUCAAGACUCUGUCCGACAAGAAUGCGAUGGCCGCGAUCGCAUUGCUGCGGGCCGUGGUGGUUGUCGGUGGCCGCAUGGCAGGUGUUUUGGUGGAAUCGCCAGCGCAGCUCGCAUGGAUGUGUGUUUUGGAGUUGGAAGAACUGGACGGGACUUCCAUCGCCGGCAUCGAGCUCGUCAGGGAAUUGGUGGAAAUGCUCCUCCUGCUGGAGAUGCUAGAAGGGAAAAUCACUCUGGAUGGUGCUGGGAAAAGGGAGAUAGGUGAUGGAACUUUAGGAUCGAGUAGUAGUAGACAGGGCUGUGGUGUCGACGCGACGGGAGAGUGUGUAGAUAGUGAAGCGGCGAGUCGAGUGAUAGACGCGGGGUUUUCGCACGAUAUCACCUUUUUUUUCCUCGGACGAUUGGAGGGGCUGCUUGGUUCUUCGCAGCAGGGCCGUGUAAAUUCUGGUUUUAGCGCAGAGCAGCUGGAGAAGUUGGAGAGCUGGGUCGAGUGUUACACCGUCGCUCAGCCUGAGACGAUGGCUGCGAUUUGUAGAAAUAUUCGAAGACAGAGCGAGCUUGAUGAGGAGUUCCGCGGGGAUGGUUUCGGUUUUAUCUUUCUUCAGCAGGUGCAGCUUGUUCAUUUGAAGCGCAUCAAAGAGUUUGUCGAUCGAGGGGAACUAGAAAAAGGGAUUUCCCACUUGAAGUACCUGGACGAGCGUUGUGGAGUCCCGGAGGCUGACUUCAGCGAAGUUGUAUCGCUACUAGGUGACCGGUGCGUUGUGGCUGACAAGAAAAGGCUGUUCUCCUUGGCUUAUGAAGGCAUUCUUUCUUCUGGUAGCACCCGAUUGCUAAGUGUGUUGGAGGCUUCCCGGGAUAAGCCUAUUCAGGCUGAACAGGAAGUUCAAGGUGUUAUUCCACGUCCAUUUUGGAGUUUGCAUCAGCAACAUGAAGCCUUGCAGCAACAGAAUGUGUCAACGGCCGAGACAGUAUUACGGGAGUUCAUGCGAAACGCUUUUCAUUAUUCUCGGGCGAAAGGAGAGCACGUCCUUGAGACAGCUACUAAGAUUGCUCUGGAUGCCAUCAGGACGUCUCAACUCGAGCUUGCGGCAGAUGUUCUUGUUCCGUUUCCUAGGCUUCGCCCAUUAGUUGCGGCCAUGGGUUGGAACCUCUUGACGUGCAACACAACCGGCCGUCGUAAUAUGAUGGAAACUCUUUGGUAUUCGGAAUCGAAACUCGGUAAAGGCUUUCCUACCUCAGGAAAGCUUGUCCAUGAAGUUUCGUGCAUUGAAGACCUGUGUGAUCGACUUUGCUACAACUUGGAAGUGGCGUAUUUUGUAGCACAAGUAAAAUCCGGCUCAAGAAAUGAGUUUGAAGGGCCUCGCUUGCUAAAGAGUGAAUCAACAGUACCGUCGGACAGUUUUGCAGCAAAUCUUGUUCUUGAACGUCUUGCUGAUGAGUCCCCACUUCGUGUUAUCUUCGAUAUGAUACCGAAUCUAAGAUUGCGAGAUGCGGUAAAUUUGUUGAAACUUCAGCCGGUUUCUUCAUCUCUGGAUUUGAUGCAUAGGCAUAAUGAUUUGGAACUUCUAUAUAUGCAUUAUGCUCUUCAGGCUACAGCAGUAGCAAUGAUAGCAGUGACAGCAGAAGAUAAAAUUAAGACGGCGGGCUUGACAUCGUUGAGUGAGCUUCAGCAACAUCUCGAAGCGAUAAAAACUCCAGUCCGCCGACUCUGGAUGCUCGGUAUGAUCGUCACAUUCCUUCAAAUGGAGGAGGAGCACGUUUUGGAAGACAUGCCUAUUGAGGAGGCUUUACAGUCGCUAGACACUUCUCAACGAUUAAUUGAGGACCGUGAACAACUUGUCAUGCUUUUUGUGAGGCGCACGCUGGAAAUACUGCAUCGCUAUCUCCCUCCCUCGGGUUUCAGUUUGGCUUAUGGGAAAGCCAAACUUGAUCCGGAAUGGAGGGAGUGCUGGGAGAACGAGCGCCUCAAAAUAAGCCGUUUUGUCGAGGACUGGAACUGGCGCUUGCUAGUGGUUGAAAGACUGAUUUUGCGUCCUGAAGAACAACUGUCGUGGAAAUCAGCUCUUGGUAUUCUUCACUCCGCACCUCUUUCACUUCUAAACAUGUGCAUUUUGAGAUCUGAAUAUGACUUAGCUAAGGAUGCAGUCCAGCGGUACUCGCUUACGCUUGAAAAUAAUGUGCUACUGCAUUUGGCUGAAUGGCUUCAUAAUGCUGCUGGGGAAAAAAAGGGUCCAGAAGAAUUACAACGCUUUACUCGUUCAUUGGCGCCAGAGUCAAGUUGUGUAACUUGUUUGGAUGUUGCUGCAACGCGCACAUCAUCUAUUGAGACCUCCAUGCUGCUUUUGGAAGAAUCACGAUCGUUGGUAUCUGAGGCCACACAUGAGCAGCAUUUCGUACCACUUUUCAAGCGUGUUCUUCAAAGGUUUUACGAGUUGCUGGAACAGGGACAUAAUCAACCCCUUCCUGUUCUUCUCUCUGGCACUAGUGCUUUUUCUGGCUCCGAAAGCCUGCGCCAGGGAUCAAAGCAGCGGGCCUUGACCAUGUUACAUCAGAUAAUCGAGGAUGCACAUAAUGGGAAAGGCCAGUUCUUAAGUGGCAAGCUUCACAACCUUGUAAAGGCCUUAGCGGAUGAGGAGCACGAGGAUCCUGCCUCGAGGCUGUUGUUUUAUCGAAAGCAGCAGGAGAAUGGUUUCGCACUUGGUCUGGGAUUUCGUCCUUUAUUAUUGAGGACACAUGAAACAGCCGGAAGCACUGACGAGGCCUUACAUCAAAGGCCGAUAGGAAGGAGAUAUUUGGGACCGUUGCUGAACAAGCCUAUGGCUUACUUGUCCGCGUUCAUCCUCUAUGUGGCAACCAUUGGAGAUAUUGUCGACGGUGUGGAUACAACUCACGACUUCAACUUUUUCUCGCUUUUGUACGAGAGUCCGGGUGAUUUGCUAACUCGACUAGCAUUUGAGAGGCGCAGCACGGAUGGAGCUGCUAAAGUUGCUGAAGUGAUGGGAAUAGAUCUGGUGCAUCAAGUAAUUUCUGCUUGUGUGUCGCCAGUUCUUCCUCCCAGCGCAUCAACAAUUUCUCAGCACCCAUCCCAUGAGCUGGACUUGGACACCAUUAAGUUCUUGAGUACACUCUCCCCCGUGCGAACUAUCCUGGCAUGUGUAUUUGGUAACAAGGACUCGAAAAUUGGAAAUGAUUUUGCUGUCGAGCAAGCAGAAAGGUUUCCUUCAUUGCAAAGAUGGAUUCAAAUGCAAGCGAAUUUGCAAACACUUCGUGACUCAUCUAGUGCUGUCAUCAAAGAACAAUCUAUUCCUGCUAAUCACGUUUGGGAAGAUGAAUAUCCAUAUCACGAGGCUGUGGAGAGCUUAAUCAAGAAUGGGAAGCUUGUAGACGCGUUAACUUUUGCCGAUCGAUGGCUAAAAGCUGGAGCUCCGGACAAACUCUUGCAACUUCUUAUCGAAAGAGGUGAAGAUAGCGUUCCGAGCUCUAGUCAUUUGAGCCUCCACCAUAACUUGUGGAACAGUAGCUGGCAAUACUGUAUACGUCUGAAGGACAAACGCCUAGCAGCGACGCUUGCUCUCAAGUACUUGCAUCGUUGGGAGCUGGAUGCGGCUAUCGACGUGUUGACCAUGUGUAGCUGCCAUUUGCCCACUGAUGAUGUUCUUUAUGAAGAGGUCAUUCGGGUUAAAAAGCAUCUGCAACAGUACCGCCAAAUAUUGCGAGAAGACGUCAAGUUUGAGAACUGGCAAGAGGUUGAGUCCUUAUGUGAUAGAGAUCCCGAGGGCCUAGCUUUGAGGCUUGCUGGCAAAGGAGCUGUUACUGCAGCGCUAGAUAUUGCUGAGUCCUUCAAACUUUCAGAUGACUUACGGAGGGAGCUCCAAGGUCGGCAGCUAGUGAAGCUACUUACAGCAGAUCCCAUAAGUGGUGGAGGUCCAGCUGAGGCUAUCAGGUUUCUCGGUUCACUGAACAACCCCGAGGACGCAUUGCCGGUUGCAAUGGCUGCGAUGGAGCAGCUACCAAAUUUGCAUUCUAAACAGCUUCUGGUACACUUUCUUUUGAAACGGCAGAUUGGCGUUCUCUCGGAAGAAGAGCACGACAGGAUGGAUCGACUGGCAUUGGGCCUCAAAAUGCUUGGUGCACUUCCCUUACCUUGGCAACAACGAUGCGUAGGCUUACACGAACAUCCGCAGCUUAUACUAGAGACACUCCUUAUGUGGAAGCAAUUCCAGGCAGCGUCACAGCUUUUGAAUGCUUUUCCAUCGUUGCGCAAUGACAAACUCAUAAUCACAUACGCUUCAAAAGCUGUAUAUGUUGCACCUGCAUCUCCCGAACGGCAAACACAUUAUCUUCCAAUCAAGCCGGCCUCUGGGAACAAAAAUGGCAAUAACCGAAGAUUCACCUGGACACCGAGAGACGCGAGGAAUAAAAUCGAUGGUACCCGAAAGAGAAAAAGUACCCUUCCACCAUCACAGAAGGCCGCUUGGGAAGCUAUGGCUGGGUAUCAGGAGGAUAGACCAAUUGGACUCGGACCGGAAGGUUAUGAGAAGCUUGCACCUCUAACUAUGACAGAUGGAGUUCUCUCUGGUGAUCCUGUCAAAGACGAAGCCGUUCGUAGCUCUCAUAAGUACGACAGUGCACCUAGUUUUGUCUUGUUCAAGGCACUUCUGUCUCUUUGUUUUGAUCAAGCAAGUGCUGCCAAGUCUGCGGUUGAACUGGCCGUUUCUCAAGUCCAGAGUAUUCUCAGUGCAGACUGUUUACCAGCUGGAGCGAGCUCGGAAGCAAUUGAAAGAGCAUUUCAUGCAGCGGGAACUUUUGUCCAGGUACUACUGGAUGCUAGAACUCAGCUUCAUAAACUCUUGGGCAACAAAGAAGCACCGAGCCAGGAAAGUCCAGAUACUGUUUCAGAGUCCGGUACUGACAGUCAGUCUGCGACCAGUCUCACGAAACUAUUGUCAGAAGCUGACAUAUGGUUAAACCGGGUGGAACUGCUACACUUUUUACUCGGUUCUGGUGUCACUGCCUCUGUAGGCGAUGUGGCAGACGAAACCUCGGCGCUUCUCCUUCGUGACCGUUUGAUCCAGGAGGAGCGAUAUGGUAUGGCCGUAUACACAUGCACGAAAUGCAAGAUCGACGUUUUUCCGGUUUGGGAAGCAUGGGGUUACGCACUACUUCGGAUAGAACAUUAUGCGCAAGCCAGGCUAAAGUUCAAGAAAGCAUUUCAAUUAUACAAGGAAGAUUCAUCCAAGAUUGUUCAGAGAAUAGUUGACAAUGUGGAGGCAUGCCCUGCUGCUGAUGUCCAUGCUGCACGUUCUCUGUACGUUCACAUGGCGAAGAGCGCUUCAAGCUCAUCGGAUGACUCGCUUUCCGCAGACUCAUAUUUGAACGUUCUUUACAUACCAACAUUCACAAGAGCUGAUCGAUCCAGGAGGACUACGGAAGAGGCGUCAGAGCGACUUUCUUAUUUUAAUGCGGACGAGAUUUCGGUUCCUUUGAGCAACUUGGAUAAUGUCCGUUUCGAGGAAUGCAAGUACUACUUGGACGAGUAUGGUCGUUCGCUGCUUCUUGGCUUCAUGUUUCGACAUGGUCGUUAUCGUGAAGCUUGUUCGCUAUUCUUCCCUGUGGGUACUCUUCCUCCAAUUCCUGCAAACUUAUCAUCUGGAAGCGUCACAAGCUUGACAACAGAAUAUGGAACAGUGGACGAUUUAUGUGACUUAUGUGUUGGAUACGGAGCUAUCCCGAUUUUGGAGCAUGUGAUAGAGACUCGGAUUUCUCCUGCUAGCAGCGAAGAUACUCAAGUUUCGCAACAUACAUUUGCAGCACUGACUCGCAUAUGCUUUUAUUUCGAGACACACCGGCAUUUCAACCAUCUUUACCGGUUCCAGGUUUUGAAGAAAGACUACAUUGCAGCCGGUUUGUGCUGCAUCCAGCUCUUUUUAAACUCUGCAACACAAGACCAAGCUCUUCGAAAUCUUGAGCGUGCUAAGGGUCAUUUUGAGGAAGGGCUCCUUGCUCGUCAGCAAGCGAUUGAGAACGUGAAGUCGGCGGCAAAGGCUUCUCGUGGAAAGAGUCCAUCUGAAAAGCUGACUGACGAGGACUUGAUAAAAUUUUCUGCACGUUUGUCUGUUCAGAUGGAAGUGGUGAAAUGCUUCAGCGACGCGGACGGCCCUCCAUGGAAACGCUCUCUGUUUGGAAAUCCUAAUGACAACGAUACUUUCAAACGAAGGUGCGAAGUGGCUGAGGCGCUUGUGGAGAAAAACUUUGACUUGGCAUUUCAAAUAAUCUAUGACUUCGGACUUCCUGCUGUCUACAUAUAUGCUGGUGUAGCUGCUGCGUUGGCAGAGAAACGCAAGUACAAUAACUUGGUAGAUCUGCUACGAAACAUCAAAGGAACGAUCGACAACGAGGACCUCGACCAGAUAAUUGGAGCGGCCAUUUCGGUCUAUGCCAACAGGCACCGUGAGAGGCCCGACAGGCUUAUUGAGAUGUUGUCGAGUACUCACAGGAAAGUUUUGGCGUGUGUCAUGUGUGGACGUUUGAAAACGGCAUUCCAGAUCGCCUCUCGCAGCAACAACAUUGGAGAUGUUGAAUGGGUUCGGCAACAGGCUCGAAUGACUGGCGCAUUGCCAGUCGAAGACAUGUGCAAGCAGUGGCUUGCGCGUGCAUCCUGAUCAUCAGUUUGGCUUUUGUAAGUUUUGGCAUGUAUCAUAUCGACACCGGUUUGUAAAUUCGACACACAAUACUCUCAAUACGCUUUUUCUUUA